AUGAUCGCCGCGCAGGCCAAGCUGGUGUACCAGCUCAACAAAUACUACACGGAGCGGUGCCAGGCCCGCAAGGCCGCCAUCGCCAAGACCAUCCGGGAGGUGUGCAAGGUGGUGUCGGACGUGCUGAAGGAGGUGGAGGUGCAGGAGCCGCGCUUCAUCAGCUCCCUGAGCGAGAUCGACGCCCGCUACGAGGGGCUGGAGGUGAUCUCGCCCACCGAGUUUGAGGUGGUCCUCUACCUCAACCAGAUGGGCGUCUUCAACUUCGUGGACGACGGCUCCCUGCCGGGCUGCGCCGUGCUGAAGCUGAGCGACGGCCGCAAGCGCAGCAUGUGCCUCUGGGUGGAGUUCCCCGCCUCGGGCUACCUCUCCGCCCGCAAGAUCCGCUCCCGCUUCCAGACGCUGGUGGCCCAGGCCGUGGACAAGUGCAGCUACCGGGACGUGGUGAAGAUGAUCGCGGACACCAGCGAGGUGAAGCUCCGCAUCCGGGAGCGGUACGUGGUGCAGAUCACGCCCGCCUUCAAGUGCACCGGGAUCUGGCCGCGCAGCGCGGCGCAGUGGCCCAUGCCCCACAUCCCCUGGCCCGGCCCCAACCGGGUGGCGGAGGUGAAGGCGGAGGGCUUCAACCUCCUCUCCAAGGAGUGCUACUCCCUGACGGGCAAGCAGAGCUCGGCCGAAAGCGACGCCUGGGUCCUGCAGUUCGGCGAGGCCGAGAACCGGUUGCUGAUGGGCGGCUGCAGGAACAAGUGCCUCUCGGUGCUGAAGACGCUGCGGGACCGGCACCUGGAGCUGCCCGGGCAGCCCCUCAACAACUACCACAUGAAGACGCUGCUGCUGUACGAGUGCGAGAAACACCCGCGGGAGACCGACUGGGACGAGGCGUGCCUGGGGGACCGGCUGAACGGCAUCCUCCUCCAGCUCAUCUCCUGCCUGCAGUGCCGGCGCUGCCCGCACUACUUCCUGCCCAACCUCGACCUCUUUCAGGGCAAACCCCACUCGGCCCUGGAAAGCGCUGCCAAACAGACCUGGAGGCUAGCCAGGGAAAUCCUCACCAAUCCCAAAAGCCUCGACAAGCUAUAG